AUGAUGGACCACCGUCUCUGCUCAAUCUUGAGCAGGCCCGACGAGCCUACAUCAGAUAGCGAUGAUGGCGUUCCUAAGCCUCGCAAGACCCGAACGAUACGGGACAUUCGAGAUUAUGCAUCAUCCGCGGCACCUGCGUCUGCGAUCGACAAUCCUCCCGGAGAAGAAGUCUUCGAGAGGUACCUCAAGCGGCAAAGGCGUCAUACAAUUUCCACAUUCGACGAGGCGAUCCAGGAAGUACGGAUUCGCACGACACCAGGCGGCCGACGGAAGAAACUGAUGGGUCCCGGCCUUGCCUCUUUCUUAUCGCUCACCGCAGCCCAGGCGCAGGUUCGCAAAUGGCUGUAUGCAGCCUAUGUGUACCUGGUGUCCCUGGCAAUCAUCUUUGGGCCCAUCCGAAAGUACGUGGCCGAGCGAGCCCUUCAAGGACAAGAUCCCUUUGGAUGGGCUCUCGGAUAUCUUCUGGGCAAUCUAUCAGGGUUCCGAUUCUGGGUGCUUAUGCUGAACCUUGAGUACUGGAUUCAGCUUGCACCACGCCCGGACUCAGCCGAUGAGGGCGUGUACUGUUGGCUCGGCCGGGUAGAACACCUGCGCCAAACUAGUCUUGGACCAGCGAACAGUCGCCUGCUGAUUACUCUUUAUUGCGUUUUGGUUCUCGCGACCGGCCUAGCCGUGGUUUUUCAGCUCAGCUCGGUCGCCGAGGUUGAUACCCGACGUAAAGUCUUCCACGGGACUAUGGUACUGAUGUUUCUUCCUACGGUGUUCGUCGACCCAGCCUUUUGCGCGUUGGCUUUAGCUUUGGUUCUUGCCGUUUUCCUCUUACUAGAUCUUUUUCGCGCGUCCCAGCUUCCUCCUAUCUCCCGCCCGCUAACGAACUUCCUGGCUCCCUAUGUGGAUGGCCGUGACCACCGCGGCCCCGUCAUCAUCUCACAUAUCUUUCUGCUGAUCGGAUGUUCCAUCCCGUUGUGGCUCUCAUUAUCCGAUCUCCCUCGGACUGGUGACGGGCCCUGGGUAGGAUGGGAUGUGCCUUCUCGUGAUGUCAGCAUGGUUAGUGGCGUGAUCUGUGUGGGAAUGGGAGACGCAGCGGCAUCGCUGGUGGGCCGCCGGUACGGUCGGCUGAAAUGGUUCUGGGGGGGAGGGAAGUCGCUGGAAGGCAGCGUGGCCUUUGCAUUGGCGGUAACCUUCGGUUUGCUCGUCGUUCGUGGGUGGCUGGUGGUGGGAGGAUGGCCGGUGACAGGCACCGAAUCAGCCGGAGAACCGGCGUCCACCGUUCGCUUCUGGGUAUGGACUAGCUGUAAAGCCGUGUUAGCCGCAGGAGGAACUAGCGCCACCGAGGCGAUCCUCACUGGCUGUAACGAUAACGUUGUGGUGCCAGUUGUCUUGUGGCUGCUGGUGCGGGGUUUGGGUGUUUGA